AUGGAUGAGUGUUUGAAGGGAUCGGGAGGGGAGGGAAGGAAGCGGCGAAAAGGAGGCUAUGUGGGUGAUUAUAACGAGGAUGGAGUGUUGGGGAAAGAUGAGGGCGAAGGGGGGGGCCAAGAGGAAGGGGAAAGGGAAGAAGCGGAAAGUGAGGGAAAGAAGGUGGAGAGAUACGAAGAGAGGGGAGAAAGGACGGCGGAGGAGGCAGAGGAGGGGGGUGAGGACGAAGGGGAGAGGGAGGAAGAGUAUGGGCUUGAGAAGAAGAAGCAGGAAGAGGAUGGUGGUGGUGAUGAAGACGCUUAUAACGAGGAUGGUCAAAGAGAGCCGAGGAAGGGAGAAGCGACGGGCGGAGAGAAGGGAGUGAGAUUGGGGACGAGCGUGAGGGAACAAAUGGAGGAGGGAGCGGAUGGGGGAGUGGAUGGGGGAGUGGAUGAGGGAUUGGAUGAGGGUGGGGGGAGAAGAAGGAAGGAGAAGAGAAGAAAACCUGAAGCUGUAUUGAGGAGGCCAUCCGAUGAAAGUGGAUUAGAGGCAGAGGAAGGGGAUGGAAAGAGAAGGCUCAGGAGAAAAGGCGGUGGCUUGGUGGCUUUUGAGUCGACUCAAAAGCCAUCCGUUGUGACUGGCUUAGUGGCAGAGGAAGGGGAUGGAAGGAGAAGGCUCAGGAGAAAAGGCGGUGGCGUGGUGGGAGGGGAAUUGGGUGGGAAUGAGGGGAUGCAGGAAGGGGGUGGUGGAGUGAGGGGGGAUGGUGGAGUGAGGGGGGAUGGUGGAGUGAGGGGGGAUGGUAGAGUGAGUGCAAGGACUAGGUGGGGAGGGAGGCGUCCUGAUGGUGUGUCGUUUAAAGAGGAGGGGAGUGGGGAGGAGGAGAGUGGGGAGGAGGGGAGGGGCGUGGAGGAUGGAGGGAAGAGUGGGGAAGAGGAGUGGAGCGCAGAGGAGGAGGAGGCAGAGGCAGGGGAGGAGGAAGGGAGUAGGAAGGGAUUGGGAGGGGUGAAGCGGGAUACCCGUGGAAGUUUGCGAAGGAAGGAGGGGAGAGAGGGGAGGGAGGGGAGGGAGAAGAAGGAGAAGAAGGGAAAGAAGGAGAAGAAAGAGAAGAAACAGGGGAAGGAGGGGAAGGCUGAAGGAGUGCAUGCAGCGAACGGGCGAGGAGGGGUGGAGCGGGACAGGUCUGACAGAGUGAAGGCUGGGUUGGCCUCCGAUAUCCAGCCCUUGCGGUUGCUCAGGUGGGUUCUCCUCUCCCCUCACGUGCUGCCCCUCAGAUUUGGAGUGCGUACAGCAAACAGAGGAGUGGAGAGUGGCAAGUGUGACAGAGUGAAGCCUGGGUUGGCCUCGGAUAUCCAGCCCUUGCGGUUGCUCAGGCACAGACCGAAGAAAAAGCGGAGCUAUGUUGAUAUCUUGGAGGAGGAAGGGGAGGAGGAGAGGCGGGAGGAAGGGGUUGGGGAAGGAGGGAAACCAGUGCUGGUGGUGGCCUAA